CAGCAAUGCUGAGUGACAGUAACUCUGUGAAGCCGAAAAGUGAUUGUUCACCUCCUGUGCAAUGGUGUAAGGUGGCUGCACAUGAAGAUGAGAAGACCAAGCUGGUUUUUAAAAGGUACUCGCAAACUUCUUGCACUGUUUGUGGUUGGAGGGUGCUUCCUUUAUAUCCUCAAAUUACGUUUUGGCCCUGAAGAAUGUGACAGAACAAAAAUGCCGUAUGUGGACCUCGAUCGUGUAAGGAGAGCACAACAGUAUGCCAGCGCUGCAUUGCAGGAACAGUGCCGGCCUUCUUAUGUGAAGAAAGAAAUGGGGAAGUUAUUUGCGGAGAAAUACAGCAUGGACAUUUCUCUUUUUGUAAGAAAAAAUAUAAAUGAAGAUGAAGCUUUAUUUAAAUAUGAACCUCCUUUUGGAUUUCACAAGUUCUUUGAUAAGCUUAAAAAUCUCCUUGAACUCUUACCUGAGCAUGAUUUGCCAGAAGAUUUGAAGUCAAAACACUGUAAGCGUUGUGUUGUUGUUGGCAGUGGUGGAAUUCUUCAUGGUUCAGAGCUGGGUCACUUAUUGAAUCAGUUUGAUAUUGUUAUAAGGUUGAAUGAUGCACCGGUUCAAGGAUACACAGAUCAUGUCGGUAACAAAACUACUAUACGGAUGACUUACCCCGAAGGAGCCCCUCUUUCUGAAAACGAGUAUCCUCCUGCUAGCUUGUUUGUGGCUGUUUUGUUUAAAAGUGUUGAUUUCAAUUGGCUUCAAGCAAUGGUAAAAAACGAAACCUUGCCUCUGUGGGUGCGACUCUUCUUUUGGAAGGAAGUUGCUGAGAAAAUUCCUUCUACAUCAAAGCAGUUUCGGAUUCUGAAUCCAGUCAUCAUCAAAGAGACAGCUUUGGAUAUUUUACAGUUCCCUGAACCUCGAUCAAAAUUCUGGGGUUGGGAUAAGAAUGUACCUACAAUUGGGGUCACAGCAGUUGUUCUGGCCACACAUUUAUGUGAUGAAGUGAGCUUAGCAGGAUUUGGAUAUGACCUCGAUCAGCCCAGCACACCUUUGCACUAUUACAACAACCUCUGCAUGGCUGCCAUGAACAGACAAACUAUGCACAAUGUGACAAGCGAAAAAAAAUUCCUGCAAAAACUGAUCAAAGAAAAAGUUGUCAAAGACCUCACUGGUGGGAUACAUUGUGAAUUCUGCGGCAAAGACAGCUAGUGAUUGAAGUGCGGCAUGGUUUGGAUUCGUUACAUUUCCAGAGGUUCAGCUGGAACAACCUUUUCACUGUCUUAAGUAGUUCUUUAAAGUGUGUAUAGAAUGGACAUGGAAUCUCUGCUGCCUUUUUUAAUGUCAAGUUCAAUUUGUUGGACUUUUAAAAUUAUUUUGAUGUCAGAUUUUACUUUGCACAUUUUUGUGGAUAAGUAUGUAAAUACAACUUGGAGUUGAAAGAGAUCCAUUUGAAAUAUUUAAUGUUUUAAGUUGUCUGAAGAAAAGCAGAGUUUUUGUUUUCAGAUGUA